UUCUCGCGCUACACCAGUGAUCGCGGUAACGUUCUGCUGAGCAGUCUCAUCACGCUGAAAGACUGUUUAAGUUCAUUAAUUUGUUACAGAAAGCUUCUAUAGAACUAACUGUUUGAACUAAUUAACAUCUAGAAAUUUAUAUAUACAAUUUCGGCAAUGGAUCCCGACGUGUUGUACAGCCUACGCAGUGGAAAAAUUGGACGCAUUGUGGUUACCAGCCUGUUAGCAGUGGUACUGGUGUACACCCUUGUCCUCAAUGGCCUUGCUGGACCAGGUUUACCACCAUUCACUCAGUCAACUGGAAAUAUUUCGGACUAUCUUUUCACAUGCGUCACUCCAGCUGGUUAUACAUUCAGUAUCUGGGGUGUCAUCUACUUUGGAUUGGUGACCAUUGUUAUUUAUGAUUUCCUAAUGUCACAUGAAAUGGGAUUGCAAGGAUACACUUUCUUAAAAACUAAGUGGAAUGGGCAUGAUGAAUCAUAUUGCUUCCCUUGUAAACACAUUUUAAAGCUUCAUGACUAA